CGCAUGUGCACUCACAGCGCGUGCUACUUCUCGAGCUUGAUACGAAUUUGUGAACGGAAUAAACGACCAGAAAUGCAGUACAGCGUGUCCGACAACAUCGAUGAUGUCACUCAUCCCCAUGUUGCCCUGUUUCAUUUCGCCAUUUGCAAUUUCCUCCGAUCAUCGACGCCGAGUCCUCUUUUGGGUCAGGGAGACAGUUGCUCUGGUACUCGCCCCGCUCGUAUUCCGGCAACGUGUCGAGAGAGAUCUCUGUGAACUGGUCUAGCGGAGCGAGCAGUUUCUUGUCGUGUGCCAAGUCUGACUUGUUCUUCUCCUGUCCCCCCUCACCGUCCUGUUCGACUUGAAUCUUGUCUGGGAUAGUGAUAGGAGGGAUAAUGGGAAUUUGGCAUAGAGACGGUGGAUGGAGCGACUGUCGAACGUAUGAUCUGUCUCCGUCCUGUUCCUCCUUCUGCCUGAAUCGUUCUAGCUCGGCCCGGC